GGGAGAAAGAGAGCUACUUACCGCAUGGUUACUCAAUAUUGUCCUCUAAUUUAGUGUUCAAAUACUUUAAAAUCACAUCAUGGAAUGAAGUUUUUUAUGAGAAUUCAAACCAGCGAUAUUUUUUCUGGUUAACUGACCGUCUGAUAUGAUCCACAGGACAUCAUGUCUUCCCAUGAGGAUCUUCACUGGACCGCCUGUGAAUGAAGAAGAAUGAAGAGAAAUCCGUAGGCAGCUUCUAAAAUUAAUACCCGCCAUCCAUGAUUAAAGCACUCAUGGUCGGCGGGACAUGUAUGACAUGGAUCAUCAUGAUACGAUGGACAAGGUGGAGCAGAUUCUCUCCGAGUUCACGUUAAAUAAAGAAGAGCUGAAGGAGGUGAUGAAGAGGAUGCAGCGGGAGAUGGACAGAGGGCUGCGCUUAGAGAGUCACGAAGAGGCCAGCGUCAAAAUGCUCCCCACCUACGUCUGCUCCACCCCGGAGGGAUCAGAGGUGGGAGAUUUCCUGGCUCUGGACCUUGGGGGGACAAACUUCCGCGUGAUGCUGGUGAAGGUGGGCGAAGACGAGGAGAGGGGUUGGAAGGUGGAAACCAAAACCCAAAUGUACUCCAUCCCAGAAGACGCCAUGACAGGGACUGCUGAAAUGCUGUUUGACUACAUCGCAGAGUGUAUCUCAGACUUUCUGGACAAGCACCACAUCAAACACAAGAAGCUCCCUCUGGGUUUUACUUUCUCCUUCCCCGUACGGCAUGAGGACAUUGACAAGGGCAUUCUUCUGAACUGGACCAAAGGGUUCAAGGCAUCCGGGGCAGAGGGGAACAAUGUUGUGGGUCUAUUACGAGAUGCUAUUAAGAGACGAGGGGACUUUGAGAUGGACGUGGUCGCCAUGGUCAACGACACAGUGGCCACCAUGAUCUCCUGCUACUACGAAGACCGAAGCUGUGAAGUUGGAAUGAUUGUUGGUACCGGUUGUAAUGCAUGUUACAUGGAGGAGAUGCGCACGGUGGAGCUGGUGGAGGGGGAGGAGGGCCGGAUGUGUGUGAACACCGAGUGGGGAGCGUUCGGAGACAAUGGGGAGCUGGAUGAGUUCAGACUGGAGUAUGACAGAGUGGUGGAUGAGACCUCCAUCAACCCAGGACAGCAACUAUAUGAGAAGCUGAUCAGUGGAAAGUAUAUGGGAGAACUGGUGAGACUGGUUCUGAUGAAGUUGGUCAAUGAGGACCUGCUGUUUAACGGCGAGGCGUCCGACCUGCUCAAGACACGUGGGAGCUUUGAGACACGUUACGUCUCACAGGUAGAAAGUGACUCCGGUGACAGGAAGCAGAUCUACAACAUCCUGUCUACGCUAGGCGUGCUGCCAUCAGAGCUGGACUGUGACAUUGUGCGUCUGGUGUGUGACAGCGUGUCCACCCGCUCAGCUCACAUGUGCGGGGCGGGUCUUGCAGGCGUCAUCAACGUCAUGAGGGAGCGGCGCUGCCAAGAGGCGCUGAAGAUAACCGUGGGGGUUGACGGUUCUGUCUACAAAUUGCACCCAUGUUUCCAGGACAGAUUCCACAAAAUAGUGCGGGAGCUGACGCCUCACUGUGACAUCACCUUCAUCCAGUCGGAGGAGGGCAGUGGCCGAGGCGCCGCCCUCAUCUCAGCAGUUGCCUGUAAGAUGGCAGCUUGCAUGUUGACACAAUAACGGCAUUGUGACCCAAGCAGCCUCCCACCAGAUCCAAGCAUUAUGAACUUGGCUGAACUUUUGACCCGGGGCAGUUAAUGACCCCCUCGCUGACGGAUGUCCAGUGCAAUCCAGCCUUUUUCUGGCUUUAUCAGAGGAUUUCUUUGCCUGUGGGAUGUUUGUCAAUGUACAAGUGGAGCCCCUCACUAUUUCAGGACGUACAAACCACAAACGACUAACCAAUAGUAUCAUAAAGACUGAUUUCAAAUGUAAGAGACUAAUAUGUAGCAGUUUAAACACAUGUCUCUAAAUACCUUUCAGAAGACGUAAAGUUAAAACUGGCCCCAUUAGCAUUUAGUCGUAUGAAGGCCGGUUUAAAACACGUUCCCUUCUUACUGACUUGACAAUCUAAGGGUGUAGACAGAUCCCACUGAGAAAAGGUAUACACUGAUGUGCCAAAACAUUAUGACCACUCACAAAUGAAUUGAAUAAAGUUGAUCAUCUCCAAACAAGAGCACAUGUCAAGGUCUGGGUUGAUGAGAUGGUAAGUGAAGGAUCAGUCCUCAUAGCCAAUGUGCUGGAUGCAGGAGUCAAGACCCGAGUGACUUCGACAAGGGCCAAAUUGUUAUGGUCAGAUAACUGGGUCAGAGCAUCUCUGAAAUGGCAGUAUAGAGUACCAACCGAUAGUGGUCUGAGGAGGUACCAACUGGCGACAGGGUGUUGGGCACCCAAGGCUCAUUGAUGCACGAGGAAAACGAAGGCUAUCCGAUCUGGUCCGAACUGACAGAAGGUCUACUGUGGCACAAGUCACAGGACAUUUUAAUGAUGGCUAUGGGAGGAAUAUGUAACAAUACAUAAUGCAUCACACCCUGCUGCAUAUGGGGCUGCGCAACCACAGACCGGUCAGAGUGUCCAUGAUGUCC